CGCGGUGGCUGCUGGGAUCGACAUGUCCUCCAUGUUUCCCGCGGUGCUGGCGGCAGAGCAAACCGGAGCAGCGGCUCCUCCGUCCCGUUAACGCCGCUACAGAUGUGUCCAGCCGUAGGGUACCGGAGCAGCGGCGGCCGCUGAGCUGUGCUGCCGAGCCUCGGCUGUCCGGAGCGGGUUCUCGCCGCUGUCGGCGGCUUUUUGUGCGGCUUUGCGGGUCGUCGCUGAUUUGGCGCAAACAAUGAGUAAACUGUCGUUCCGGGCGCGAGCGCUGGACGCCGCCAAGCCGCUGCCGGUGUACCGGAGCCGUGAGCUUCCGGAGGCGGCGGACAGCGGGGCCAUCAGCCGGGCCGUGCCGCAGAUGCCCACGGGGAUGGAGAAGGAGGAGGAGCUGGAGCACCACCUGCAGAGGGCAAUCUCAGCCCAGCAGGUGUUCAGGGAGAAGAAGGAGAACAUGGUGAUCCCUGUACCUGAAGCAGAAAGCAACACCACCUACUACGACCGUCUGUACAAAGGAGAAGUCAAAGUCCCCAAACAGCUCAUCCACAUACAGCCUCUGGGUCUGGAUCUGGAGCAGCCGGACUACGACAUGGACUCUGAGGACGAGACGCUGCUGAACAGACUGAACAGAAAGAUGGAGCUCAGACCUCUGCAGUUUGAGACGAUGGUGGACCGGCUGGAGAAGGCCAGCACUCACCAGCUGGUGUCUCUGUCGGAGGCGAAGCUGCUGCUGAACGAGGACGACUACCUGCUGAAGUCGGUGUACGACUACUGGGUGAGGAAGAGGAAGAACUGCCGCGGUCCGUCCCUCGUCCCUCACGUCAAACAGGAGAAGAGAGACGGAUCGACCAACAGCGACGCCUACGUGGCCUUCAGACGGAGAACCGAGAAGAUGCAGACCAGGAAGAACCGUAAGAACGACGAGGCGUCCUACGAGAAGAUGCUGAGGCUGAGGAGGGAGUUCAGUCGAACCGUCACCAUCCUGGAGAUGAUCAAGAGGAGAGAAAAGUCCAAGAGAGAGCUGCUGCACCUCACCCUGGAGGUGGUGGAGAGGAGGUAUCAGAUGGGAGACUUCAGUGGAGACGUCCUCAGAGAAGUUUCCGUUCCGCUGCUGGAGAAACCGACUCCCAACGCUCCGUUCUCUCUGAACUGCAGCCGACACAAGAACGACUUCAAGAUGAAGUCUCAGAAGAAGCAGGCGUCCAUCAGAGACGAGCUUCCCUUCGACCUGAUCAGACCAAAGAAGAAGCUGGUCAGACCGGACCGGUUCUGUCCUCCUCAGAGGCGUCUGGGCCGACCGCUGGGUCCGUACGUCACCAACCAGGCCGACAUCAAGCAGUACGACUUCCACAGCUCCGGAGAAGACGACAGUCCGGAGGCACCGCAGUCUCCUCCAUCUUCAACCGAUGAUGAGAACAACCCCGACGGCGUCUUCGUUUUCAGGAGGAAAGCCGGCUGCCAAUAUCUACCGCCUCCAGCGGAUCAGACGGGUGGAGACAACAGUCCAGAACUGGUGUCUCCGUGUCUCCGUCACUCUCUGACUGAACUGUCUCUGCCUCCUUAUUGGAUGGGACUGAGCCGGCGCCGGAUAGGACGAGGAGGAAGGAUCAUCCUGGACCGGGCCUCCUCAGCUCUGGAUCCGGCCCUGCAGCAGAUGGACUCUCUAACACACCCGCUUAUCAGGACCAGGACCAGAACCGGUACCGGCCUCCUAGGAGACCCGGUGACUCCGGACCUGAGGCCUCCUCUGAGCUCAGGAACCACCUGCCCCUCCCUAGCUGAAGUCCUGAACAACAUCCAGAGCCUGAGGAGGUUCUGCUUCAGACCCAGACCGGCUCAGGACCACAGAACCGCAGGAUCCACACCUGAGGACGGCAGACUCACCUGUCGGCUCUCAGCUGACUGUGGAGCAGCAGGGGGCAUCACUGAGGAGCAGUACCACAGUCACCAACAGCAGCUGGUCCAGAUGCAGAAACAACAGCUGGAACAGCUGCAGCUACAGAACAACACUUUUACGUACAGACACACAGCGGUGCACACGACACAGUCCUGCAGGUCCAGUGAUUCUGGUUCAAAGACUCUGGACUCGGCCAGCGCUCAGUUUGCAGCCUCGGCUGUGAUCAGCACUCGUCCUCCUCCUCACAGCGCCGUCAGCAGCGAGAACAAAGCAUACAGGAGCAGCGUGAACGGAGUCCAUCCGUCAGGACCCUCCAGGCCUCCAUACUCCUCCAUCAGCAGGGCGGGGCUUUCAGCUCGAGGGUCUCUGUCUUCUUCAUCCUCCUCCCAUCAGUCCCUCCCCAACCAGAGGAGCCAGGUGGGAGCCGUCUCCCCCGCCCACCCCCACGCUGCUCGGCCCUCCGCCCCCCUGACAUCUGCCUUAAAGCUUGCCACUGUCGCCGCCAGCCUCGACCGAGUGCCCAAAGUCUCCACCGCCAGAGACUCCAACGAGCCAGAGAGACUUCUGAACGGACUGUCAGAGACCACGCUGCCCAUGGAGGUCACAUAACACCACAUCCCAUCAGCCCCUGCUCCUCCUCCCAUCAGCCCCUGCUCCUCCUCAGUGUCUGACCGGUGAAUGUGACAAGCCGUGACCUCCAGAAUAAGACGAAGGUGUCUGAGUGGAUCCAGAACAUUUUACUGAGUGUGGAUAUAAUUAUAAUUAUUAUUAUUAUUGUUGUUGUUGUACAGUUUGUAAAAUAGAUUCAUCACUUUAGUUUCUGAAGCACAUCCUCAUCAUGUGACUGCAGAAUCACCUGGAACCCCCACUGAUUGGCCCAUGACGAGUCCUAUAUCUCUGCUCUGAUUGGUUCAUGAUGAAUCCUUUCCCUUGCUCUGAUUGGUCCCCAAUGAGUCUUUUAUCUUCACGCUGAUUGGUCCAUGAGGAGUUCUUUAUCUCUGCUCUGAUUGGUCCACGAUGAGCCCUGUACCUAUGCUCUGAUUGGUCCAUUCUCAGUCUUAUAUCUCUGCUCUGAUUGGCCCAUGAGAUGUUUUGUAUCUCUGCCCUGAUUGGUCCAUGAUGAGUCCUGUAUCUGUGCUCUGAUUGGUUAUUUAUUUCUGUGUUUACAUUUUGUAUUUCUUUAAAAAAAAAUCUGAACCGUUUUUUCCCCCAAAGAUGAAAAUGGAUCUUUUUUUCUUUCCCAGAUUGUUUUUGUUUGUCUGUACCAAGGUUUAGUUUUCAUUUUUUAAAUGUUUGUACGAGUCUCUUCACGGCCUUCAGAUCACUGCAAUCCUAAAAUAUAAACUUGUAUCCUGUAACAGAGACGUGGAAUCUGCAGCUGUAACAGAAGUUUUUAUAUUUUUAAAGGUGAAGUGAGGGAUGCUGAGCUGAAGCUGCGACAGCUUUUAUUCUUUCUGCAGAAGAAGAAGAAGCAGCAGCAGACUGUUUCGCUCACUAAGUUUCUGUUUCACGUUAAUAAAACACAUUGAUGGAC